CUGAUCAUAUAAUUACACAAGUAUAUAAACAGAUUGCCAGUUUGGAUCAAUCAGUCGAGCAGUGUUGUGCGGGCCAAGAUGGGGACACAGACGAUACGACUGGCACUACUGGCUCUAGCGACUGUAGCCGUGAGGGCGCAGUACGGCGGCGACUACAAACCCAAGGGUGGCUACAAGGAGGAGCCUGAGCCAUACGACCCCAACCCAGGCUACAAGUUCGAGUACGAGGUCAAGGACGAGCACACGGGCGACUACAAGAGCCAAGGGGAGACGCGCGAUGGAGACACUGUCAAGGGAUUUUACACCGUCGUGGAGGCGGACGGCUCCAAACGAACUGUAGAGUACACCGCGGACCAUGAACACGGAUUCAACGCUGUUGUUCACAAGGAACAAGGCACUCACCCGCAGUACGACCAGAAGUACGAGGCGCCAAAGUACGAGUCUCCAAAGUACGAGGCCCCUAAAUACGAAGCUCAAAAGUACGAACAACCCCCCUACGUCGCUCCCAAAUACGGCCCUCCAAAGUACGAAGCAUCAAAAUAUGAAGCACCCAAGUAUGAGCAGAGUUACCCUGCUCCAAAAUACGAACAAAAGUAUGAGGCUCCCAAGUCAUAUGGUUACAAGACUGAAGCUCCUAAAUACGAAGCACCAAAGUAUGAAGCGCCCAAGUACGAACAGAGCUACCCUGCUCCAAAAUACGAACAAAAGUAUGAAACUCCCAAAUCAUAUGGUUACAAGACUGAAGCUCCUAAAUACGAAGCGCCAAAGUACGAGGCUCCUAAACAAUAUGGUUACAAGUACGAGUCUCCAAAGUACGAAGCACCUAGAUAUGAGGCUAAACCCCAAUACGGAGCCCCAAAAUACGAAGCUCCCAAGUAUGAGCCCAAACCUCAAUAUGGAGCGCCCCAGUACGAGGCUCCUAAGUAUGAGCCCAAACCUCAAUAUGGAGCGCCCCAGUACGAGGCUCCUAAGUAUGAGCCCAAACCUCAAUAUGGAGCACCCCAGUACGAAGCACCUAAGUAUGAGCCCAAACCUCAAUAUGGAGCACCCCAGUACGAAGCGUCUAAGUAUGAGCCCAAACCUCAAUAUGGAGCACCCCAGUACGAAGCACCUAAGUAUGAGCCCAAACCUCAAUAUGGAGCACCCCAGUACGAAGCGCCCAAGUAUGAGCCGAAACCUCAAUAUGGAGCACCCCAGUACGGAGCCCCGAAGUAUGAGCCCAAACCUCAAUAUGGAGCACCCCAGUACGAAGCGCCUAAGUAUGAGCCCAAACCUCAAUAUGGAGCACCUCAGAACGGAGCCCCAAAGUAUGAGCCCAAACCUCAAUAUGGAGCACCCCAGUACGGAGCCCCAAAGUAUGAGCCCAAACCUCAAUAUGGAGCACCCCAGUACGGAGCCCCUAAGUAUGAGCCCAAACCUCAAUAUGGAGCACCCCAGUACGAAGCGCCCAAUUAUGAGCCGAAACCUCAAUAUGGAGCACCCCAGUACGGAGCCCCUAAGUAUGAGCCCAAACCUCAAUAUGGGGCACCCCAAUACCAAGCACCUAAACAAGAGUACAAAUACGAGGCUCCGAAAUCAUACGGUUCCAAGUACGAAGCUCCUAAGUACCAAUCUCAAAAGUACGACGCUCCUCAAUACGCUCAACAAUACGAAGGGCCAAAAUACGAAGCUCCAAAUCAUUAUUCGUCUUCCCCUAAGUAUGAAAGUCCUAAGUACGAGGGUGGUUCAAAACUAGCUGCUCACUAUUAUACAUCGGUAAGGCAUGAAUAUUCACCAAAGCAUAGUUAUGGCACACCAAAAUACGAGGCACCGAAGUAUGAAGCGCCUAAAUACGAAGGACCAAAGUACGAGGGUUCAAAUUACGAAGCCAAAAAAUAUGAAGUAGCCGAACAUAAUGCACAAGAUGCUUACAAGUCACCAGCACCUGCGUACUACGGUUAGUCAUCUGCUAGUUUUUUAGGUACAAAUAAUUUGUAAAUAAUAUUGUUAUAGGCCAAGUAUUAUGUUAAUGAUUUUUAAUAUACUGUUAUGAUUUGAUUUUGUAA